GGGCUGAAGUAGCGCUGGCGGCUGAGAAGGAAGCGGCGCCUAGCUAGCGCGCAGGCCCAGAAGCGAGCAAGCGGCGGCUGCCGGCGACGCCCCAGAGCGGAAGAGGGAAGUGAGUAGCGCCGGGCUGGGCUCGCGAAAGGCGAAGAGGCACAGCGAAGGGGAGGCCAGCGUCGCGUCGCGAUCCGGGAUGUCGAAGAACACGGUGUCGUCGGCCCGCUUCCGGAAGGUGGACGUGGACGAAUAUGAUGAAAACAAGUUCGUGGACGAGGAGGACGGCGGCGAUGGCCAAGCCGGGCCCGACGAGGGCGAGGUGGACUCAUGCCUGCGACAAGGAAACAUGACAGCCGCGCUGCAGGCAGCUCUGAAAAACCCCCCUAUCAACACGAAGAGUCAGGCCGUGAAGGACCGGGCAGGCAGCAUUGUCUUGAAAGUGCUCAUCUCUUUUAAAGCUAAUGAUAUUGAAAAGGCCGUUCAGUCUCUGGACAAGAAUGGUGUGGACCUGCUAAUGAAAUAUAUUUAUAAAGGCUUUGAGAGCCCAUCCGACAAUAGCAGUGCUAUGUUGCUACAGUGGCAUGAAAAGGCACUUGCUGCUGGAGGAGUAGGGUCCAUCGUUCGUGUUUUGACUGCAAGAAAAACUGUGUAAUCCUCCAGCUGGAACUGGACGGCGUUCACAGCAGUGGGAGUUGCUGGUACAAAGACCAAAACAACCAAAUGGCACCGCUGCCCUGUGGGUAGCAUCUGUUUCUCUCAGCUUUGCCUUCUUGCUUCCUUUUUCAUAUCUAUAAAGAAGAAAAUUACAUAUCAGUUUCCUUAAUGAAAAUUGAAAUAAUGUUGAGAAAAUUUUGUUUUAAUGGGGGUGUUUGAUCCUUUCAUAAUCAUGUCAAUAAUAUGUAUACCAUUCUGUAAUUUAUAUUCAAGUUUGAUUGUGCAAUUUUUAACUCUUUUGGCUGGUUUAAGGGUUUUACUUUGUUUUUAACCAAUACUGAGAGAUAUGAUCAAAUUUGAGGCCAGUUUCCUAACUCAUGCUAGUCAGGAAGUGAUCUUUAUUUUUAAAAAUGAGAGACUGGCAGCUAUUAACAUUGCAAAACUGGACCACACUUCCCUUAUUUAAGCAAAAUGUGUUUCCAGAGCAAGUAGUGGGUGAGCCCCACUACCAGUUUCCAGCUUUAUUUCUGCUUGCCUCCAGGUGACGCUGUGAGUGUAAGUGUGCUACUUCCUGUUAGCAUCCGAUUACCAUGGCCUCUCAAUCUCUUUGUGGUGACCCAGGGUCCAGAGCAAGCAGUCUUGCUCUACAUAAAUGUAUUUGCAAAAUAUAAGCGCCUCUUUGGUACAAGCAUCACAUUUUCCUGCUGAUAAUAAGGCUGUCUGGGGAAACCACCCCAAGUCAGAGAAAGGACAUCAAAACUGAUGUAAUUCAAACUCUAUCAGCCUCUGGAUGAAACCCUACUUUCUUCAGAAACAAGGUAGCUGCCUUAGACAUUUCCACAGGUAUUCACUGUCAUUUCAUAUGUCCAGUGAUGUCUUCAGUCUUCUUCAGGUAAUGGGAAGCUCAGAAAAUUUGGUUCUGAUCCAAACAAAUACAUAGUCUGUGUUUCAGCUCAGUGUUUUUUAAGAAAGAAAAAUGCCACACAGAAAAAAAAAAGUGUUUACUUUGUUGGACAAACCAAAUUGGUUCUCAAAAAUGACCGGUGCUUGUAAAAAGUUACUAUUAUGAAGCAGUUCCAAGAGCAAUCACGCGUGCACAUGUUCAAGAGGGAAUCAGCCUGGCUAGUCUUUACACAAGACGCCAGUUCCAGAGUCACUGACUGAGGUGAGAACCAGUGCAGAAAUUCUGUAAACUGCUGUUUUUGAUACCUGCUUUUUUGUUUUGUUCUGUUUUGUAAAAUUAUGAUAAACUUCAGAAAAUAAAAUGUCAGUGUUGAA